CCGCGGCCCCUUCCUCCCGCAGCCGGUGCUGUGGGGCGGCGGAGCUGAGCGUCGCUGUCUCUAUGGCCCCGGAUCCCAACGCAAAGAAAAGCGACCUCAGAGAACCAGACUAGCCCUGCUGCCGGGGGCAGGGCCACCCCACCAGGAGCCUGCAGCCCCCGAGUGACUCCACGGCUCCCUGUCCCCAUGGAGUCUGCCUUCCAUCCCUCGCUGUGACCUCUCCGCUGGGAUUCCAUGGCCACACAACCCUGUGACUCCAUGUCCCCCCCAUUCCAGGACCCCCCCUGGCCCCAUGACUCCCUGACCCCCAUGGCCUCAUGACCCCUGACUUCCCACCUGGGCUCCCUGCACUUUGACGCUUGUGACUGUUCUUCCCUUCACCCACCCACCCCCCGCGACUUUGGCCCCGGCUCCCCUUGGGGGUCCUGCUGGUCUGGGCCUCCCCAGGAAGAUGUUGGGGAGGCUCUGGCCCACCCUUCUGAGCUUCCUCCUAGCAACCGCAGUCCCUGGAUUCUCAGUGCGACGUCCAUCCAGAGAGCUGGAUGCCACCCCUCGGACCACCAUCCCCUAUGAAGAGCUCUCUGGGACCCGGCACUUCAAGGGCCAAGCCCAGAACUACUCAACGCUGCUAUUGGAGGAGGCCUCAGGGAGGCUGCUGGUGGGAGCCCGAGGCGCCCUGUUCUCUCUCAGCGCCCGGGACAUAGGAGAUGGUGCUCACAAAGAGAUCCGCUGGGAGGCCUCCCCAGAGAUGCAAAGCAAAUGCCAUCAGAAAGGGAAAAACAACCAGACAGAGUGCUUCAACCAUGUGCGAUUCCUACAGCGGCUCAAUGCCACCCACCUCUAUGCAUGUGGGACCCACGCCUUCCAGCCCCUCUGUGCAGCCAUUGAUGCUGAGGCCUUCACCUUGCCAACCAGUUUCGAGGAGGGGAAGGAGAAGUGUCCUUAUGACCCAGCCCGUGGCUUCACAGGCCUUGUCAUCGACGGAGGCCUCUACACAGCCACGCGAUACGAAUUCCGGAGCAUCCCUGACAUCCGCCGGAGCCGCCACCCGCACUCUCUGAGAACCGAGGAGGCACCGAUGCACUGGCUCAAUGAUGCUGAGUUUGUGUUCUCCGUCCUGGUGCGGGAGAGCGAGGCCAGCGCCGUGGGCGACGACGACAAGGUUUACUACUUCUUCACGGAGCGCACUGCCGAGGAGGGCUCCAGCAGCUUCCCUCAGAGCCGCAGCAACCACCGCGUGGCCCGCGUGGCCCGGGUGUGCAAGGGAGACCUGGGCGGGAAGAAGAUCCUGCAGAAGAAGUGGACGACCUUCCUGAAGGCUCGCCUCAUCUGCCACAUCCCCCAGUAUGAGACUCUGCGUGCAGUCUGCAGCCUGGACGCGGAGGCCUCAGCGCGCACGCACUUCUACGCGGCCUUCACGCUGACCACACAGUGGAAGACCCUGGAGGCCUCAGCCAUCUGCCGCUAUGACCUGGCCGAGAUGCAGGCCGUCUUCGCAGGCCCUUACAUGGAGUACCAGGAUGGUGCCCGGCGCUGGGGCCGCUACGAGGGUGGAGUGCCUGAGCCCCGGCCUGGCUCAUGCAUCACAGACUCCUUGCGCAGCAGAGGCUACAACUCGUCCCAAGACCUGCCGUCCCUGGUCCUGGACUUCGUGAAGCUGCACCCGCUGAUGGCUCGGCCCGUGGUGCCUACACGCGGACGGCCACUGCUGCUCAAGCGCAACGUGCGCUACACACACCUCACCGGGACAGCCGUCACCACGCCGGCGGGACCCACCUAUGACCUGCUGUUUCUGGGCACAGCUGAUGGCUGGAUCCAUAAGGCCGUGGUCCUGGGCUCUGGGAUGCACAUAAUUGAGGAGACCCAAGUGUUCAGCGAGCCCCAGUCUGUGGAGAACCUGGUCAUCUCUCCAGUGCAGCACAGCCUCUAUGUGGGGGCCCCUGGCGGAGUCAUCCAGCUACCGCUGUCCAGCUGCUCCCGCUACCGUACCUGCUAUGACUGCAUCCUGGCCCGGGACCCCUACUGUGGCUGGGACCCCAGUACCCAUGCCUGCAAGGCAGCCACCACCACAGCCAACAGGACAGCACUGAUACAGGACAUGGAGAGGGGAAACCGAGGAUGCGAGGGCAGCAGGGAAACAGGGCCGCCACCACCACUGAAGAUCCGCUCUGUGCUCCGCGGCGAUGACGUCCUCCUGCCGUGUGACCAGCCGUCCAACCUGGCCCGGGCCCUGUGGCUACUCAAUGGGAGCAAGGGCCUGAGCGACGGGCAGCAUGGCUACCGCGUGGGGGUGGACGGGCUGCUGGUGACAGACACCCAGCCGGAGCACAGCGGCAACUACGGCUGCUACGCCGAGGAGAACGGCCUGCGCACGCUGCUGGCCUCCUACAGCCUCACGGUGCGGCCCGCCACGCCUGCCCCAGCUCCACAAGCUCCCGUCACGUCUAGGGCACAGCUGGCGCCCGACGUCAGGCUGCUCUACGUGCUGGCCAUUGCCACACUUGGUAGCCUCUGCCUUAUCCUGGCCUUCUCCCUCCUCUACGUGGCCUGUUUGCGGGGAGGCAGAGGAGGGCGCCGACGGAAGUACUCGCUGGGCCGGGCUGGCCGGGCAGGGGGCUCUGCUGUGCAGCUGCAGACGGUCUCAGGCCAGUGUCCUGGAGAGGAAGACGAGUGUGAUGAUGGGGAGGGGGCCGGGGGCCUGGAGGGUGGCUGCCUUCAGAUCAUCCCCGGAGAAGGAGCCCCGGCACCACCGCCCCCACCCCCUCCUCCGCCUCCAGCUGAGCUGACCAACGGGCUGGUGGCGCUGCCCAGCAGGCUGCGGAGGAUGAACGGCAACAGCUACGUGCUCCUGAGGCAGAGCAACAAUGGCGUGCCUGCGGGGCCCUGCUCCUUUGCCGAGGAACUCAGCCGCAUCCUGGAGAAGCGGAAGCACACGCAGCUCAUAGAGCAGCUGGACGAGAGCUCUGUCUGAGCCCAGCCUCUUCCAAGCCAGCCUGUCUGCCCUGGGCUGGGCUGCUGCCUCCCUAACACCCUGCCUCCACGCCCCCGCAACUCGCCCUGCUCCCAACUUUUUACUGUCUCUGUAGGGCUGGUCAGUCACGCCCAGCCAAAGCCCCCUCUUCAGUCUCCAAGACCCACACGUGAGCAGCCCAGGCCCACCGGUGCUCCUCAGAGGUAGGUGCUCCCUUGGGACCAGGUGCUCUGUAGACCCAGACCCUUAACCCUAAACACUCAGGAGGAGAGGGCUCCUCCUCCGGUCCCAUUCGUCUGCCCAAGCCCUUCCUCUUUCUCCCAGGCAGGGCUCUGCAGGUCCAGAUGGCCUCAAUGUCACCACCCUCUGCAUGGCCGAGGCCAGACAAGACCUCUGCAGCCAGCCGAGCCCUGCGUACUCACACGCACACACGGAAGAAUGUUUAUCAGCUGGGCUGCAGGGCCCAUCCCCACCCCCACCUUCUGGUGGAUUCUUGUGUUUCAUCCCUUCUAGAGUUGCAUACCUUCCCAAUUACCACGCCCUCUUCCCCAGGCCCCGCCCCGCGUGGCGACCUCUUUGGUUAGAGCUUGGGAACAGGCCAGCCGAGGGAGGUUAAGACUGCAUCCAUCCCUCCUCGCCCCUUCCCGUGCCCUUGUGAGUCAGCCCCACUCCUCUCGGUCCCUCUCGAGUGACAGAGCUCCAGGCGUGUCCCUUCCGCACGCACAUGUGGUAACAUGCACCUUAUCACAUGUGCUCUCACUUCACCCACACGCACCUUCUGAGCCUCCCCUUGCCGCCUCGGACCUGUGUCUGUCGGGUUUGGUCCGUGGACAUUUCUGAGGAGCCCCUUCCCUGGGACGGGUGACCAACACUGCACUCAAUGAGCCAGCCUCCCCUUUGGGGGACCAAGCAUUUCUUCCCCAGGACCAGAGCAGUGGAGGAGAUCGGAUGUCUCACCUGGCACAUGAAGCCCGUUCUUGGAACUAUGCAAAGGGCAGAGGCUGGGAGUUUGGAUGCUUGGCUCCCACCCCUGUCCUACCUCACCCGGGCACUUUCAGGGUCCAGGGGCCUCUGCAGUCUCCAGGCCCGUAAGGGACAAUCAAUCCUGACUGAGCUCCCCCAUCCCCCUUGGGUGAGGAUGACUGUUAUUUUUGUAGCUGAGAACGUGGAAUCCCACGGGUUUUUACUGCCCUUCACCCACCCUCCCACCUCCACCCCACAAUGAAUGUAUUUAUUGUGAGAACGGCUACACUUCUUUAGGAAUGCCCCCACUCACCACCCAGGUGGGCGGAACAGGCAUGUGACAGAGUGGGGAGCCUGGGCUCAGCUGCUCCCCGUUGGUUAAUAAAGACCCUUUCCCCACA